AUGGAUAUCUUGUUAUCUAAGUUCGCCCCGUCUCUGUUUGGGACUAUACAGACUCUCCUGGGAACAGUCCUUUUAGCAGAAACUCAAUCUAACUCCCCUAUACGCUGGCUAUGCUUUCCCUUCAUCGCGGCUUUGACAUAUUUCCAAGUCAUCACCGGCCCGAAUUUUAGCACUGCUUUUAUGUGGAAUGUCGCUGUUGGGGGAGCAGGUUUCCUUCUCUUUCUGCACCUCCUGAAUCUUCUUUUCAUUACCUCGAUCGACUUGUUCCCGGCUCAAAGUGACUUGGAAAAUGAAAAGACUACGAGAAACCCAAACCCUAUGUCCCGAAUUGAGCGAUAUCAACAUGCAGUUCGAUACAUCAUAAAUUUCCGUGGGGUGGGAACAAAAUACCAAAUCAGCAAAUUACCUCCUUUUCCAGUGCCAUACAACUCAGCACCAUGGCCCAGAGCUUAUUUCCUGCUACGGCAAACCGCGAUUAUUGCCUGGCAAUGUUUGUUGUUAGACCUCAUUGCGGUCGCUAUGCACCAGCUGACUCAAACUGACCGCGACUAUUAUUUUGGGAAUGGCAUGGAGUUUAGGCUCCUCACUCUUUCCGGGAAGCAGCUUCUAGCUCGCAUCUUUGGGGUUUUUGUACCCUGUUUACUUCUUCUUCGAGUCGCUCUUGACUCUUCAACUCGUCUUUGUGCUGUUCCUCUCGUCCUAUCGGGUGCAACUUCUAUUGAUGAAUGGCCGCCAGUAUUUGGAAGCUUGCGGGAUGCCUAUACGUUGCGCCACUUUUGGGGAACAUCCUGGCAUCAAUUCCUCCGGUGGCCUUUAACGAGUUGCUGCACUUUUGUCACUCUAUCUCUUUUGGGCCUAUCUCGCCCAUCACUCCUCGAACGCUAUACCCACCUCACGCUGGUUUUCAUGCUCUCCGGCAUCCUCCACGUAGUGUAUUACAUCGCUUCAGGCAUCACGGGGGGCAGUUCGGGGGCCAUGCUAUGCUUUACUUCUAAUGCGUUCGGUGUGGUUUUUGAGGAUGCUAUAAUAUAUUGCUGGCGCAGAGCGCUCCCAGGUGUUGAGACACAGCGCUUGGCGAAGUGCGUGGGCUAUAUCUGGGUUAUCUCUUAUCUGUGCUGUACGAUGGCCUGGUGGUUUUAUCCAGCGUUAAGGCUUACUCCAGACGCUUUUGCGAUAGUUCCUUCCAGUGGAAUCGCUGACAAGGUGGGCGUCAUAGGGGGGUGGUGUAUUGCUACCAUCGCCGGGUUGGCAUUGAAGGUUGUGUUUAAGGCAGAUGUCUGA